UUCUCCUUGUCGGCAUAUGCCUGGCCUGGAUCGUGUGCUCCGUUUCCCAUGAAUGACACACUUUACUGGGCUGCAGAGCAGAACCGAGCCGAUUCACGGGGCGAAGGAGCGACCCUGAGCUGGAUCAAGAUGCGGAGGAGGAACGCAGAUGAGAGGUUCUGAUUGUGUUUCAGAUGAUAGUGGAGCAGUGACCGAGCAAUAAGGAGAAACGAAGCUCUGCAGGACAGGAAGGGAGGAAGGUGGCGGUGCUGACGGUGGGGAUGAUUGGCUUGUGAGGACGGGACCAUCCGUAGCCUCAGUGGGGCGAUGUUCGGUGGAUCUGAGCGCUGUUUUGUGCUCGGUGUUGGUAAAUCACCGAGAGUUUAACAAAGCGCUAUUUUGAGGAGGUGGGCCAAGUCCCGGGAUAGACGCAGGGGACGGGAGACAACCAGUGAGUGGGAUCAAACUGGGAUGAUGCUGCUGCUGGUGGCGGCGGCGGCGGCAGUGAUGUGAGGAUCUCCAGGACUCCUGGCACUCAUCUCUGCAGUUAUUCUGCAGUCACGUUUGGAGCGGCAGCGCUGUGUGGCCAAGAGCAGUUCGAGUUGGUUCCCUGCCUGUUGAGAUGCUGCAAGAGGAAACACAGUGAAGGGGGUUCAUGCUGAUGAAAUUGAUCUGCUCAGUGAGCUCCAACCAGAGCCAUGGGGAGUACCCAGACUGUCGGAGUGAGAGGGAAUCAGGAGGGGAGGCAUCUCUCCUGGUGUCUCCGCUGGUGGUGGCUGGGAUUGUUAUAGGACUGGUUCUUUUCCUCUCCUGCAUCACCAUCAUCAUUGGCAGCCUGCGUAAAGACAGUCGACUCAGAAACCCACAUUUUCGCGCCAGCUAUGGGCAAGAUGGUUUUUCCUACGGGGGUUCAGCAGGGGAACUGAGGUCCGGCUGCGUAGAGGACUUUCCUCCUGGUUUAGACUUUGACUCCUUCAGAGAGAACCUUCCACAGAUUAACAACCUGUAUCCUGACUCUCCACCACGCUAUGAUGAGUGUGUUGGACCAGAUUCAACUCAGAUCUAUAUACCAACCGAUGACCCACCUCCCUACUCCCUACUGGACCCCUGUCAGAGCCUGGCCGAGCCAGAAGAGCAGCCCACACACUCCAGUCCAGUCGCUUUUCAGUACUGUGGAGAGACGUCAACCAGCGCUGCCUGGCCCUCCUCUUCCUCCGCCCACUAUUCCCUUGGACUGCAUGUGCGGGAACAGCAACAUGUUGCAUCUAUUUCCUUCCCACUGGAAGCAGCACCACCUUAUGAGGCAGUGCUGGCAGAGCAGGGACAGCCCCUCCCUCUCAUGCCAUGUGACUUUAAUAAACACCAUUCGCAGAGGGACUAUGAUGAAAACUCCCAGGAACUCCCAGCCAACCAGAUCUCCUAAGACCGUUAAAUUGUUUUCCUCACCUGAGCUCGCAGCUGUCCCCUGGUUAUUGAAACUAACAUUUUGUUAGGAGCAGCUGUGCACCAAACAGUGGAAAGCAACAACAUGUGAGCAUCUUCCAUAGAGUUGCAAACACAUGAUUAGGUUCAGAAGCGGCAGUGGACCAUGGUGCAGCUGUGGUAGUUUUGAAACAAGAGAAAAAGCAAUGCUUUUUGUUUGGAAGUUUUUUUGUAAUAAACAGUUGGCUGACCCGGAAAUGAUGCUCCGCUAAAUGAGGACUCACCUGUUAAACUACCCAGCUCAGUUUUUCCUUACAUUUUUUUCAAGGUUAUUGUUCUGUGAAGUAGGAUGUGUGAUCAUGUAGUUUAGAUAAUAGACAAACACACUGAGUACAAUCUUCCAGAUUUCUUUAUAUUUGCUCUAGUAUUAUGUUACAUUACAAACAGCACAGAGCUAAGAAUGUGUAGUGUGUAGACAUUAGAGCAGAGUGCUGUUCAGCAAUGGCGGUUCCUACAUGAAUGGAGCCCUGGGUGAACCUCCUCUAUUUGCGCACCCCUCCCCAUGCAGAGCCACACCCACCAACAAACACAAACAUUUCUCCGUAUAUUAGUUUUCUGUUGUUUAAAAAUUAUUUUCAAAAGUUAGAAAUAAAAGUAUAGCGCCAUAUUCAUAAACGAGAUAUAGAUAUCAGUAUUUAUGAAUAUGUACACUAUUGUAAAAGGAUAUUGUUAUUUUACCUUCACAAAAAUAUAAACUUGAGUGACCAUACACUCUCAAUUUAUAAGGGUUAAACAUGUUGUUGGCCCAUCCUUCAUCUCUUCUGGGAAGGCUCAGAACUGUGUUAUUGGGAAUUUUUGUGCAUUCUUACAGAAACACAUUUGUGAGGUCAGAUGCUGGUGUUGGACGAGAAGGUCCCAGUCCAAGUCUCUGCUAUAUUCAAACCAAAGGUGUUCUAUCUGAUUGAGGUUGGGACUCUGUGCAGUUGAGUGAAGUUCUUCCACACCAAACUCAUCAUCAUCGUCAUCCAUGUCUUCAUGGAUCUUAAAAGAUGGAAUAGGAAGGGACCAUUUCAAAACAUUUUCCACAAAUCAGGUUGCCAUGAAAUUGUCCAAAAAUGUCUACUGCUUUACACUUAGUGAUGUGAGGCUAUGGUGCAGCUGCUCAGUCAUGGAAACCUAUUUUUAGGUCUGAUUGUCUAACCUACGUGAGCAGGAGAAAUAACAGAGCAACCUGAUUAAGAAUGGCAAGGCUGUGUUAAGACAAAAGGGGGAAAGAAUUAAUGAGGGGCUCAACAUUAGAAUUAGAAAAGAAUGUAAAAUUGGAAAGAGAAAAAUAAUAAAAAUUAACAGAAUCAUCAAUAAAGAGCCUACAAGAAUUACUUAAGAAAGAAAAUCUAAGAAACAUGUACAAAUACAAGUGCAAAUGAUCAAGAGUAACACCAUAGGUGAACAACCAAGCCUAAGAUGUGCCCUGCAGUAUGGGUAGGCCCAGAUAACUGUGGAACAAAGUUAUAAGACUCCAUGAUGCAGAGAAACUCCUCAGUGGUACUAUUUUUCUUUGGCAUAAACAUUUAAGCCUUUGAAAAUGAUGACCUGGCCUUGUUUAAUAGUGGAAGAUGAAAAGUCUUGAAGGUCUGACAUAAAAGACCCAGGUGGACGAUAAAUUAAAAAACAAAUGGGCUGAAUUUGUCUAAUUUUGGUCAACGUCAUCUCAAAAGAGCUAUAAGAGCUUGAAUAGAUCAUCUGGCAUAAAAACGUAUUUUUGAAAAUUACAGCUGUUCCACCUCCCUUGCGAGAAAUCCUUGGUGUACAGAAGAAUGAACAGUUUCGACCAGUAAAGUAAGCCUUGCAGCAAAUCAGGAUUACUGCCACACUGAGUGGUUUCCAUACUUUCAGAUGGCAGUCUUGGUUGUGACCACAAGCAAGCAGGAUGAUUAUUCUGGUCCCCAGUAGUCUCAGGUGAAUCCGCUUGGAGCUGAUAAAAAAAAAAAAAAAAAACAGUAAAAUAACCCCUAUUUUAGAUGAAUUGGAAUCAUAUUUGAACUUCCAUGUCAUAAGCUGGUUAAAAUGACAUUAAAGUACCAAUAUUUUCAUCAUGCACAGCAAGUGGAGCAGCCAUUCCCUACUGACUGACCUGGGCAGUGAGCCAUAUCACCUGGAUCAACAACCGCUAUUGCUGUUCAGUAACUUUCUGUGUGGUGGCAGUAACCAAAUGUGUAAAAAUAAAAACAUUGUAAUAUAAAAUAGUUGUGACAGGUGCGACUAAAAUAACCUGGAAGCUACCUGGACCUGAGAACUAAAAUGUCACCAUUGUUCCUGUGUAUGUCACCUAAAGCUUUCAGCACAGCAGUAUAAUGAUGUUCAGAAAUACACUAUAUUGCCAAAAGGUUUGGGUCACACCAGCAAAUCAAUGAAUUCCUGUGUUCCAAUCACUUCCAUGGAUGCAGGUAUGUCAAGUUUGGUGUGAAGAACCUGGACUGGCCUUCUCAGAGUCCUGACUUCAACCUUCUUGAACACCUUUGAGAUUAAUUAAGAGCGGGGGCUGUAAUUCUGGUUUUCUCAUCUAACUAUGAACACACUCCUAAACCUUGAGGAAGAUGGUUACAGAAUAGUUGAAGUCGCUAUCGGGUCCAUCAACGGUGAGUCCAUCAACGAAUUGGACCUUAUAGAUCAGGAAUAGGAUGUCAUUAAAGUUCAUGUACAUGUAAUAGUAGACAGACAAACACUUUUGGCAAUAUAGAGUACUUGUUAAAUGUUAAAUACUCACAGCAUGUAACUGUAAUCCCUGGAGAGAGGCUCAGCUUGCCUUGUUUUUGUCCUAACUCUUCCUAUUAAGGGCUCUGGUUUUAAUAUCUAAAACUGGAACCAAGCAGCGACAUGUAGCUUUGAGCCUUGCACCUUGUGAGGCUGGCCUAAUGCAACGGAGACUUUAACACACAAAACUGUAGAUUUUUACAUACUGCUCCUCCAGAAAUAGAGACUUCCGCUCCGUGAAUGAAAUAGUCGUAAAGUGGAAGGAAAAUGAUAUGUUUGUGUUUUCUUAAAUGUUUAAGAAAUACAAAUCUGAAAAGUGUGGUGUGCAUAGGUAUUCAGUCCCCUUUACUCUAACACCCCUAAAUAAAAUUGAGUGCAAUCAAUUUCCCUCAGAAGACACCUUUCAGUGUAAAUCCAGCUGUUCGUUAAAGGCCUCAGAGGUUUGUCAGAGAGCGUUGAAAAAGAAGGAAUGCAGCCGAGAGGUCAGGGAUAAAGUUGAGAAAAACUUUAAAGCAGGGUUAGGAUAUAAAAUACACUUUUUAAUCCAUCAUCCAAAAACAGCAACAGCAAAUCUGCUACUGUCAUUCAACUAAACCGUGGGCAGGGUGGUGGCAUCAUCAUGUGGUGGUGAUUCUUUUCUCCAGCAGCGCCCAUUCUAUUGAACCAGUGGCUGAAUGGAAUGGGUUAGAUCAAAGUAAAACUUCAGUCUCUACAUGUGCAAGGCUGAUAGAGCCAAACCCCAAAACACUUGCAGCUACAAUUGCAACAAAAUGGGGUUCUGACAGAUAUUGGCUCCUAGCAUUUAAUUGAAAUUGUCGCAUCACUUUUCAGUAGGGAGACACUGAAAACAGUAAAGGUGGACUCAUCAAAGAACAAUACAUGUUUCACAUUGUCCACAGCCCAAGAUUUGCGCUCCUUGCACCAUUGAAACUGACGUUUGGCAUUGGCAUGAGUGACCAAAGG